AAAAAAGGAAAAAAAUAGAGUAGACCUUAAAAACUCCCGACAAACGACUACUUAGCUCGGAUGCGAACGGCAACGACGAGACAUCGCAGCUGGGUUCGUCUCGGUCGACAGCCGCUUCGGAGAAAGCAGAGGGAGAAAUAUGUGUGAGGAUUAACGCAGAGGCGGGGUGGGAAAAAAAUAGACUUGAAUACCAGCUGCGACUCUCCGGAUUAAAAAGGGAAAACAAGCGACGCUUCGUGGACGUUUCUCCGUCCGCACGGGAUGAGCUGACCGCCAGGACACGGAGGAACACGGUGUUUUAUGGUCGAAGUUGGAAGCGGACUCCACCGGGCCCCGGACACGUAUUUAGAUGUUGUCGUGUAAACUUCGCAGUCGAUGCCGUUUUAAAGCGGCGCCGUAGGAUCCGGAUCUCACGCAGGGGAAAAAAAGGCUGAAUCCUCCGCAGAGCAAACCCUCGGUACGGCUGGUUCAUUUAGACCCCGGUAGUGAUUCGGUUCGCUGGAUAACUAACACGAAGGAGAUCGGUUGCUUGUGCCGAUGCCAACGGCAGACUGCAGGUUGCUCCAUCAUGGCCGAAUCAUGAGGUGUUUGACUUAUCUGCUCCUACUUCCCGAAACACUGAAAAAGUCCAAGAAGGUCGGCAAGCUCCCGGGCAGGCUGCCGGUAUGUUAUGAGAUCCUGACUCUGUCCCUGACGAGCAAGAAGCAGCAGCAGAAGAAGAUGGCUGCGGAGUUGUACCCGGCCGCCAGCACCAACAACACCAACCUGGCCAACGGCACUACGGUAGCGGACGCCGAGAAGACCAAGGAGGUGCGGGUGAGCCAGGCCAGCAGCAGCGGCAGCGCGGCGACCACCCCGACCACCCAGCAGAACAUCAACAACAACAACGUAGACCCACCCAGCUGGCAGUGCAGCCACCCCACACUGAGAGAGAGGAAUGCCUUGAUGUUUAACAAUGAGCUGAUGGCUGAUGUCCACUUCAUUGUUGGCCCCUUGGGGGGGUCGCAGAGGGUUCCAGCACACAAGUAUGUGCUGGCCGUGGGAAGCUCGGUCUUCUGUGCCAUGUUUUACGGCGAUCUGGCGGAGGAGGAGUCUGAGAUCCAUAUCCCAGAUGUGGAACCUGCUGCUUUUCUAAUUCUGCUGAAGUACAUGUACAGUGAUGAGAUCGACCUGGAGGCGGACACGGUGCUGGCCACCCUGUAUGCUGCCAAGAAGUACAUUGUCCCUGCACUGGCCAAGGCCUGCGUCACCUUCCUGGAAACGAGCCUGGAGGCCAAGAACGCCUGCGUGCUGCUGUCCCAGAGCCGUCUGUUCGAGGAGCCCGAGCUGACGCAGCGCUGCUGGGAGGUGAUCGACGCUCAGGCCGAGCUCGCUCUGUGCUCCGAGGGCUUCUGCGAGAUCGACCUGCAGACGCUGGAGAUCAUACUGCGGAGGGAGACCCUCAACACCAAGGAGGUGGUGGUGUUUGAGGCGGUUAUGAACUGGGCCACAGCUGAGUGCAAGAGACAAGGGUUGGGGCCCACCAUCCGCAACAAGAGAGAUGUCCUGGGCAAGGCGCUGUUUCUAGUGCGCAUCCCCACCAUGAGCCUGGAGGAGUUUGCUAACGGGGCAGCGCAAUCUGAUAUCCUGACACUGGAGGAGACGCACAACGUGUUCCUGUGGUACACUGCGGCUAAAAAGCCCAAACUGGACUUCCCUCUGACUGCGAGAAAGGGCUUGGUGCCUCAGAGGUGCCAUCGCUUCCAGUCUUCAGCCUACCGGAGCAAUCAGUGGCGUUACCGCGGCCGGUGCGACAGCAUUCAGUUUGCGGUGGACAAGAGGAUCUUUAUCGCCGGUUUGGGUCUGUACGGGUCGAGCGGCGGCAAAGCUGAGUACAGCGUCAAAAUUGAACUCAAGAGGCAGGGGGUGAUCCUGGCACAGAACCUGACAAAGUUUGUGUCGGACGGGUCGAGCAGUACGUUUCCGGUGUGGUUUGAGCAUCCUGUUCAGGUGGAGCAGGACGCGUUCUACACGGUGAGCGCCGUGCUGGACGGGAACGAGCUGAGCUAUUUUGGCCAGGAGGGCAUGACGGAGGUGCAGUGUGGGAAGGUGACAUUUCAGUUCCAGUGUUCCUCCGACAGCACUAACGGGACCGGAGUACAGGGAGGACAGAUCCCCGAGCUUGUGUUCUAUGCAUAGGCUGCUCUGGACUGCUGAUGGAAAAUUAGGUUUAUCCUCGCCUCCCAGCCUUUAAAGUAAUGUAGCAUUAAAGACACUUGAGUAAUGUCACACUAAAUGGCCUGGUUAGUUCUUUGAGAGACUAUUUUAAAAGCAAAGGAGCUGUUGUUUUAUCUUAUUUAAUUUAAUGUUAUUUUUUUAUUUAAGUACCGGGUUAACGUUAUUUGCUCUGAUGCCUGUGUCUAAGGGCUGCGGCUGCUGUAGAAACAACAUUAAUACGGUGAUUUGUGGUUAUGUAAUCAAGCUGAGCUCCACGACUGGAACAAGUAGGGACUGCUUAAAAUUGUGUAAUUGCAAGUCUAUAUACGAUGUUGUUACUAUAGUCCAAGCAGCAAUAUUACACAAGGAGCAAACUUGAUGUAGUGUAAUGAUUCUAAAUGCAAAAAAAAAAAAAAAAAGUAGAAAUCUUGUUUUGCACUUCAGAGGACGGCCUCAGAAACGUUGUGUCUUUUGUAAAAUACAAUUUAACUGUUAACAGCUUGAUGCUGUUAAAGACCAGAUGUGUUCUGUACAAGAAUGCUUAUACACCUGACGAUAAAACAUAAAGGUUAUAAUGUGAUCGAAGCCAUGGAUGUCAUGUUAUUGUGGUGCCUGGGUUGAGGGACUGGGGAUUAGAGGGGCAGCAGCGCCCUCUGGUUAUAUCAGAGUGAACUACACGUUGGGUUUUAUGAAAACGUGAGGUUCUUACAGCCAUGGAUAGAUUAUUUAAGAGGUCUGAUGGGCACAGGGUUCAGGAGCCUGUUGAGUCCAGAGUUUCCUUCGAAAGUUUGUACUAAAAUAUUUUCUAUGGUAUCUGUGGACAGUCAGUCUGUGUCAGUCUGCUGUGGUAGGAAGAUCUGGAUAAAAUUAAAUUACCAGCAGAACUUUAGAGUUAAGGUCAACCUGCAAAAUGCAGAGGAACAUGAUAUAAAUGAUCCUGGGUGGUGGUGAUGCUCUGCUUUUCGUGUGUCCCUCCAUGCUGGGAGAAUGUAAUUAGGGCUAAAAGUGGGUGCAAAGUAAAUGAUAUGUGGUUUAAAUUAGUCCCUCUGGGGUUAAGUUUCACAAAAUUCAAGAUUAAGGCAAAGGAUAUGUCAGAGUUUUCUCAGGCACUCUCUAAUUUAGCACAUUUGCUUGGCCUGUCUGGCAAAGCAGGAAACCCCAUGAUAUCAGUGGGUUAAGACCUAAGGAUGUACAUUAGAGAUGCAUCAGUCCAAGUCAUCCAGUCCGCCGGUGCUGAACACUGACCCAGCACCACUGUUCUUUUCCCCCACAUUUUAAAUCUGGAGAUCGCACCACAUGGAACUCGCUACAGUCAUUUUUGUGUUUGGGAACAUGAGCCCAGGGACUGCUGUGAGACUAAAAUAUGAGUCUGCAGCCCACUGUGGCUAAAUGAAUCACCGGGCAUAGUUUAGUUUGGGCCUGGAAACUACAAAUUCAUCACAGGAAGCCUGAGUUAUAAACUGGGGAUUAAAAGUCGUGGGUGUUUACCAAGCAGAGAGCGUCUGAAGGAAAACUAUGUAGGAUGCAGUGUUUUUGGAGCUGAACCCAUACGGCAGACUAAAAGUCAGGAUAUCUCGGCCUCUGCUGCAUCAGUAUUGACCUUUCUUUCUUUAAUCUGUCAGCUGGGAGUCAGCAAUUUAUCAUCACGCAUUAUGGAAGCAAUAUUAAAUCCCUGGAGUGCACCUUUAAAUCAUUUAUCAGGAAAACAAAUGCCAAACAUCCUCUGGUUUAGCGAAUGAGAUUUACCGCUUUAUUCUAUUUUCUAUCACUGUAAACUGAAUAUUUUUGGGUUUGGCUCUGUUGGUCAGACAAAACAGGACAUUUCAAUAUUGGUCCUUGGACCUGGGAACUUACCACAGGCACUGUUCACUAUUUCUCAGUGAUAUAUAGACUAAUACUCAGCUAAUCACAGAGGUAAUUAAUCAAUAAUGGGAUUAACGGGGAAGUUGCACAUAUCUACAUGAAAUAGCAAAUUAUAGAAGCUGAUUCAGCAUUCAGAGAGAAUUAUUCAACAUAAUCUGUCAGUGUAGUAAGAAAGGAGGGUGAAGUUGAGCUCAGUACCUAUAGCCGGGGCAUUGAUGCACAGUUCUCUGGCCAGGACGAGAAAAGUUUU